CUCUCCUCUUUCACUCACUCUCUCUCUCACACACACACACACUCCACCUUUAUAACAACCAUUCAAUCCCUCCAACUUCCCCUCAUUUCCUCUCGAAUUUUCACACUAACUUAUUUCAGAACACAUUUUUGUGUCUGUAUUUGAUUUUCUCGAUCAAAAGCUAUGAAAUUCGGGAAAAGUUUAAGCAAUCAAAUAGAAGAAACGUUACCGGAAUGGAGGGACAAGUUUUUGUCUUAUAAGGAUUUGAAGAAAAAGCUUAAGCUGAUUGAGCCGAAGAAACCGGCGGCGGCGGCGGCUGAUGAGGAUGUUAGGGUUGCUAAGAAGAUGAAAUUAGCUGCCGGAGAUUUUGAUAGCUCACAAAAGGUGCCGAUGACUGAAGCUGAAGUUGAUUUUGUGAAUUUGUUGGAAGAUGAGCUCGAGAAAUUCAAUUCCUUCUUCGUUGAGAAGGAAGAAGAGUAUAUCAUUACGUUAAAGGAGUUGCAAGAUAGAGUUGCAAAGGCCAAGCAUCGUAACGAUGAGAUUAUAAAGAUUCGCAGGGAGAUAGUAGACUUCCAUGGGGAGAUGGUUUUGCUGGAAAAUUACAGUGCCCUUAACUAUACUGGGCUCGUGAAGAUACUCAAGAAGUAUGACAAAAGGACCGGUGCUCUUCUUCGCUUGCCCUUCAUUCAGAAGGUCUUGCAACAGCCCUUCUACACGACUGAUUUGCUUUACAAGCUUGUGAAGGAAUGUGAGAAUUUAAUUGAUCAUCUAUUCCCUGUCAUUGAUGCCCGAUGUAUGACUGAUGAAGCUGAUGGAAAUGAACCUUCGACUAGUGGCGAUGGUCUACUUAGAGCCCCAAAGGAGCUGACAGAGAUAGAGUAUAUCGAAAGCUUAUACAUGAAGAGCACCAUAUCUGCUUUAAGAUCUUUAAAAGAAAUUCGAAGCAAGAGCUCUACUGUCAGUGUUUUCUCAUUGCCCCCAUUGCAAAUUAGUGGACCAGAAGACACUUGGAAAAAAGUUCCAAUCUUAGAACAAGUUGCAAAAUAAUCUAACUAUAUACGGACAGUUAUUUCGGCCCCCUUAAAUGUUCUCUUAUGUACUAGUAUUAUUUUUCCUUUUCGGGUCUGAUGAAUGCAUAUGUUAUGCAAUGUAUUAGAUACUAAUUAACACAGAUAUUUAAAAUGCACAAAUUUAAUCUCAAAGAGUGUUUGAUGAACUCUUCUGGUUAA